UGGAUGGCCUUGUGCGCAAGAGGAGGUUCUGAACAGGGGGAGUUGUAAGGAAGAAGAGAGAAACAAACGAAUUCAGUUUUUCUUGUUGUCUUUGUUUUCUUUCUGUUUUUCGCUUUGGCGCUCUGAUGCCAUGUGACAAUAUAUAUCUGUGAACAUUUUGAAAUGGAGAAUUUUGAGAUGGAUAAAUUUGAUAUGGUUAAUUUUGAUAUGGUUAAUUUUGAUAUGGAUAAUUUUGCAGGUGGACCAGAUUCAUCGGCAGGAGGGUCGUCGAAGAAGCUGAAGAAGCAAAGGCAGCUAGUUUUUGCGGGAAAGGGGACAAGGAAUGACUAUUUUGAUGUAUAUGGACCAACUGCAAGGGCAGAAUUGUCGUUCACCACAUCUCAGGUACCCUGCAAUGAGAUACGAAUUCAGGAUAUCUCACAGUUGAUCCUCUGGGUGCUGGGCGAGGCACCGAACCCUAGAUGGGUGUUUGUCAAGAACAAGCCGCUUAUUUCGAAGGUUGUGCUGGUUCUUCUCAGCGGGCUGGAUGCUGCCCUCUUCAACGCAAGGCCGGACCUGUUUCCUGGGCUGUCUAGAUGUUUCGGAAAACCAUGCACUGUCAGUGCUAUAAACCCAGUCAUAGAUUCUUUGGCGACGGCGUCGGCGCUGCUCUCAUUUCCGAGUAACAAGAAGCCUCCAGCAAAGCGAAAAGGAACAGCUGCUUUCCUGGAAGGUCUGAGGGAAAAGAAGCAGGUCCUGCCAGAUUCAGAAAGUAGGGCAGAGGUGCUUAAGCGUCUUCGGCUGAUGAUGGGUGAUGGGUUUCUGUUUACUCAGCCCCCCGAGCGUGGCAAAGUUUUUCAUGAGAUGGCUGCUCUGGACUGUGAGAUGUGUCAGACUCAGGAAGGCUUGGAAGUGACACGGAUUUCCAUGGUGGACACAAACGGAAAGGUGCUUCUUGAUCGGCUGGUGAAGCCGAAGAAUCCGAUAACAGAUUAUUUGACCCAGUACAGUGGAAUCACGCCCGAGUUGCUGAAUGAUGUGACUACAACACUUGCAGAUGUACAGAAAGAUUUCUUGAAGUUGGUAUCGGCGGAUACAUUUUUGGUGGGUCACUCGCUCGACAGCGACCUCAAAGCAUUGCAAAUCGUUCAUCAUCGGGUGAUCGACACGGCAUUCAUCUACCCGCAUCCGCGAGGACCACCGUUUCGACCGGCGCUACGAAUUCUUUCGGAGAUGUUCUUGAAGCGGAAGAUUCAGGACCGGCGGAAGCUUGGACAUGACAGUAUCGAGGACGCCAGGGCAGCCAUGGACUUGACAAAGCUCAAGAUUCACAAUGGUCCGUCUUUCGGGGAGCCAAGCUCAAAGCUGGGAGAGAGCCUUGUGGCGCAGCUUGGUGAAUAUGGACGCAGGUGCUCGUUGGUCGAUAAAGCAAAGGCGCUGCACAGGCUGGUAAAGGGCACAGCGUCCGCUAUUCAAUGCUCGACAGACGAAGACGUUCUCUCCAAGGCUUCGAAAGAGGCGCAAUCGGACAAAGUCUCAUUUGUCUGGGCGCGAUUUUCGGACCUGUCAUCUUUUUACGAACAGAGAUCGAGGAGCUUGGACGCAGUCGCCACGGAAGCGGCCGAGCUGGCAGCGAUGAUGACAUGCACGUCGUCCACUGCCAUCGAAGGAAGGAUAAAGCAGGAUACGGCAGCAGAGGCAAUUGACGACGAACCCGACAACGCAGAGGACGAUCCUUGCGCAGAAGGCAGCGAUGCUGUCACACACUUGAGCAAUGGAGCAGCUCUUGCGAAGUCUACCACGUCAGGAUCAGAUGUAAUUGCCCGCCGGCUACCAUGGAUGGAGCCGAGGGUUUCUGCUGAGUUAGAGAAACAGUUACGGAUGGUUGAUGCUCGAGUUGCCGCACUCCAUGAAGCCCUCCCGACGAACAGUCUUUUCAUUGUAGCAACGGGGCACGGCGAUACAGCACUAGUGAGAAGGUAAAUACUACUUUAUGAUCAACAUGUUACCUCUACCCCAGAGUCCUGGUACCGAUAUCUGCCGGUUUCAAUCGGUAGAAGUGGUUCGUCAACCCUCGUGUUUGAACCCCUGUCCUACCCCGCAUCUGUCACCCGCUGGAGAGGUUCAAACACGCCGCUCCUUCAUUUUUCCUUAUUCUUGCUUCAAGUGCCAACGGACGGAAAGUAACUGUGAGAAAGAAAGUAUGAAAGCUCGAUGUUUAUCAAAUAAAUCCGUGUUAAUUAA